GGUAGAGAUAGUGAUAGAGAGUAAAGGUAGUGGUAGAGGCGGUGGUGGUGGUAGUAGUACGUUCAAACGGAGUUGCAUACGUGUUGUGUGGAAUAUCCCUACCCUUAAGUCCGUGGUUCUUUUCAGGUGCGAUGUAGCCACCGUCGUCAUUUAUUUUGGGGAUGUUUUAGAUGAUAAUGCGCAGGCGCAAAAUAGUGGCGCGCUGCGUCGGCGUCGGGGGUGUGCGUCGUAACGUCGACGACUUUGACGCUACGAGAAAAUCAGAGAGAGGUGGCCAGUAUCAACGGGAGCCGUCGUGAGGGUCGAUCCUCCACUUCCUCCCAUUUUAAUUCUCUUUCCCUUUUUAUCCCCUCAUAUACAUUCAUACACACACACAAACAUACAUAUCUAUACAUACAUAGAAAAUACAAACGAGAAAAACGGCGAAGGGAUGCUCAGUUAUAACAAAGCGUUGCCGCAGAGGAACACGGAGACGAGGAUCCGUUGUCUUUUUAUUAUACGUCGAUCGUAAAACAAGACGUCGUUCAACUAAUAACAAAUAUUUCGGGGGGAAAUAUAACCAAGGAAAUAUAAUAAUAAAAAGAGAAGAGAGAAAAAAUGGGGCGUACGCGAACCGACGAGUCGCGGAUCGAUCGUCAAAUAACUUGGUGCUAACCUGACUGCUCACUGUUACUAUAACAAAAAAUCUUUUUUUCUUAAAAUCCUUUCCCUCUCUCUGUCUUUUUCUCUUUCUCUCUCUCUCUGUCUCUCUCUGUGUCUUCUUUCUCUCUAACCUGAAGUCCUCCAUUUUCGAACUUCAUCAUUCUUGCAAAUACAAAGCUGUUUGUGAUUAUUUGUUUUUCUUUUGUCACAAAAUCAUGAGCUCUAUGAUGAUGAAUGACGAUUAGUGAUGUUGAUAAAGAGGUUGAUGAACCUCAUUGGUUAUAAUUGGAAAGUGUGUCACGAACUGGCCUCGAGGGCAACGUCGAGGUUAGGUUGAGGGUAGAGACCCUCCAUGUGAAGCGACGGUGAAAACGCGGAGUGAAGUGAUUGUUGAAAAUUUUUUUUCUGUGGAUUAUCAGUGUACGCGCGGGGAUUAAAAAAACAAACAUGGAUCAAUUAUCAAUUGGAUAGUAUUUUAUUUCUACUUUAAUGAUUUGUAAAUAUAAAAAAGCAGCUUGACCUUUUUUGGAGGUUAGGUUGGAGGAGGAAAAUGACUCGCGAUUGGUGUGUCAUUUUUUUACUGUUCCCGUUAUUGGGUCAGACUUUGACAUUUGUCCUUGAGGGCUCGGCAACGAGUUAUGCACAAUUCCGUAAAUGGAAUGCGGCAUUAAAUGGUACAUUGGAAUUUGAAUUUAAAACAGAGCAGGGCAAUGGAUUAUUAUUAUAUACGGACGAUGGUGGGACAUAUGAUUUUUUUGAAGUGAAAUUAGUUGAGAGUGCGUUAAGAUUGAGAUAUAAUUUAGGUGGUGGUGCACAAAUUGUUACUGUUGGUCGUGAUUUGGGUGAUGGUCAUUGGCAUAAGGUGCAAAUAACGAGGAAUAAUGAAAAUACAACACUCAAUGUUGAUGGUGUCGCUGCAACGUCAACAUCAAGGGGAAAGGAAUUUGAAUUUGGUAAAAUUAAUGGAAAUUCGGAUGUUUAUAUUGGUGGUAUGCCGAGUUGGUAUAAUAGUAAACUCACUCUAUUAGCUCUGCCGAGUGUUAUAUUUGAGCCUAGAUUCAAUGGGAUCAUUAGGAAUCUCGUUUAUCCUGAUGGAAACAACUAUGUGCCAAGGAGACAGGAGAUGAAAAGUCGUGACGCAAAGUGCGGUGGAUUUCCCUGCGUCGAAAGUCUCAGUCAGCGUAAAUCAGCAAGGAGUUUGCGAAACAUGGUGUCAGCAAACAUGACGGACGCCUGUGAAACACGCGAUCCAUGUCAACAUGGUGGGAUUUGCAUUUCCACUGACAGUGGGCCCAUCUGCGAAUGUCGCACCGGUGACUAUGAAGGAAUUUACUGUGAAAAAGAAGCAUGGAGCACGGUGCUGCCUACGGCGGGUGGUGGUGAUUACUGGCAGUGGGAUUACAAUAAAGCACCCUCGGAAGCGUCGUUUAGAGGGACAGAAUACUUAACGAUAGACUUGAGUAAAGGUGAUCCUGUCCUAAGCACACAAGAAUCGAUUAGUCUGCAAUUUAAAACAAGACAACCCAUUGGCCUCUUAUUUUAUUCUGGCGAAGAGGGUGACUAUCUGACAGUCUCAUUAAAAGAUGGAGGAGCUGCCGUUGGCAUGACCCUAGCAAAUGGAAGGCUGGACCUUCACAUCAAACCGGCGAGGGUUCGAUUUGACGAUAAUCAAUGGCACAAAAUCAUCGUUCACAGAAAAGUUCAAGAGAUUUCGUCUAUUACGAGAUUUUGUAGGCUGUCGGCAAACGUAGAUGGAAUUUAUACAGAACAUGGUCACACUGCUGGAUCCUUUACGAAAUUGGCGAGUGAUCGACUUUUUGUUGGUGGCGGCGCUGAUGCACGAUCAUUGACGGGUGCAAAGGGAAUAAACAAUUUUGUCGGCUGUCUCAGAAAGGUGGAAUUCGCAGCAGAGGGCGUAAAAAUGGAAUUAAUCGAAGCAGCGAAAAGUGGCGCAGCAGGGGCAGCAGCUUGGGGUAAAAUAGACUUUCAUUGUCGAGAGCCGAAGACUUCUGAUCCUGUCACAUUUACUACUCGAGACUCGCAUCUGGCAUCGGGAACAGUGAAUGCAAGGCGACUACAAGGCGCCGUGGUCACCUUUACCAGCCCAGAGUCCCACUUGGUUUUGCCACCCUGGAAGGCAGCCAAACAGGGGAGUAUAUCUUUUAAAAUUCGUACCAACGAACCAAAUGGCUUGGUCAUGUACAGCAGAAGUGGAGCGCUGAGUCGGCCUGACUUGUUUGCUUUUGAAAUUUUAAAUGGACACCUUUACCUACAUGCCGAUCUGGGAAGUGGGCCAAUCAAGGUGAAGGCCUCAAAAGUUCGUGUCGACGAUGGUGUUUGGCAUGACGUCGCUUUUCGUCGUGUCGAACGAGAGAGUCGAGUCACAGUCGAUCAAAUAACAAUUGAAUUUCGCACACCAGGUGAUUCAACGCAAUUAGAUCUUGACGGAUUAAUGUACAUAGGAGGAGUGGGCGCUCCAUUUGCACCCCUAACUGUUCCGCCAGUUUUAUGGACCGGAACUCUUCGUCAAGGCUACGUUGGAUGCAUGAGAGAUCUUGUCAUCAAUAGUCAACCUGUGGAUAUUGCCGGUUAUGCACAGCAACAAGAUUCAGGUGCUGUGAGACCAGCUUGUCAUAUACAAUCUCCACAUUGUUCGUCACAGCCAUGUAUGCAUGGCGGCCAUUGUCUCGAAGGAUGGAACAGAUUUCACUGUGAUUGCACGGGAACACCUUUUACUGGCGCUACGUGCGGCAAAGAUGCAUCGACGCUUCACUUGAAUGGCUCGCAGCAUCUCACUGCUUUGAUGCCAGAGGAUUCAAAAACACAAGCCGAGGAAAUUGUUUUGCGCUUCAAAACAACCAGGCCACGGGGACUAUUAUUAGCAACAAGUUUGGAAAAUAGUUCCGAUCGGCUGCAAAUCUAUCUCGCCGAUGGAAAUGCAAAAGCGCAAAUACGCAUCGACAAAACUGAAAAGACACUGAUUGCGGGGCAAGGACUCAAUGAUGAUAUGUGGCAUACACUAAGAUUUUCAAGGAGAGCAAAUUCAAUGAAGCUUCAGAUUGACGACGAAGGGGCCGUUAGAGCUGAGGCAAUUUUGAAUAACGACAGCGUCUUAGAAUUCCGUACUCUUCACGUUGGCGGCUAUCUACAUUCGGGAGAGCAAAUUCCACAUUUUAUUGGUCAACUCCAGCAGGUUUGGUUCAAUGGCUAUCCAUAUGUGGAAAUUGCCCGUAGCGCCGGCUCUCAUCAAACAUCACAUCAAGGUGUCACGCCAAUUAUCAGAGUAACAGGCAAAUUUGGCAAAAGAAAUCAUCCCGUUCAUCAUCCCGUUACUUUUACAUCGAAACACACUUUCGUUGGACUACCCGUUCUCAAGGCUUACGUCGAAACAAACAUCUACUUUCAGUUCAAGACACGUGAGCCAAAUGGCUUAAUUUUCUUCAACGCUGGUCGUGAGAGGGACUUUAUUGCCGUCGAAUUAGUGAAUGGUCAUAUUACCUAUGUGUUCGAUUUGGGAGAUGGACCAGUCAAAAUCAGAGAUACAUCAAAAUCUAAACUGAAUGACAGUAAAUGGCAUGCCGUUAGUAUUGGACGACCGGCACCUAAAAGACACACUCUCGCUGUUGAUGACCACGUCACUGCGGCUAAUAGUCAAGGCAGCAACGAAAAUCUCGAUCUCGAUGGCAUCCUCUAUAUAGGUGGAGUUGAGAAGUCACAAUACGCUCAGCUUCCCAAGCACAUCAGCAGUCGACAUGGAUUCGAAGGAUGUUUAGCUUCACUUGAUCUAAGCGGAGAGAGUCCGGAUUUAAUAAGCGACGCUGUUGUUCCAAGUUCCUUAGUUGAAUCGGGUUGCGAAACAAAUGCAAAUCAACAUCCUGGCAAAAAAUGUACACACGACGUUUGCGCGAAUCAUGGCACAUGCGUUCAACAAUGGAAUAGUUAUACAUGCGAUUGUGAUAUGACUAGUUUCUCUGGUCCACACUGCAGUGACGAAUCGGUGGCUUAUGAAUUUGGCUCUGGAAGAGGAAUUAUCACGUACACAUUUCCUUCGGACAGAAGGCCAGAAAUGCAAAGGGAUACAGUCGCAAUGGGAUUUGUUACUGGACUCAGUGAUGCUGUUGUAGUACGAAUAGAAUCUGCAUCCAGCAACGAUUAUCUCGAGAUCGAAAUUGUGGAGGGAAAUGUGUUUGCUGUUUAUAAUAUGGGAACAAACGAUCAUCCACUGGGAGAAGUUGGUAUCAAAGUAAAUGACAAUCAAUAUCACGUCAUCAGAUUUACAAGAAGCGGGGCAAAUAGCACAUUACAAGUCGAUGACUAUAAUCUUCAGUCCAAUCAUCCGUCCGGUAAGUACUUUUCAUUUAUUUUACAAUUAAAAUUAAUUUUAUUCACUUUUCUUUCAGAACCAGAAAACGAACUCGAGAAACAAAAAUCCACAAAGAAAACCAAAAAAAUUUGGAUUCUAUUUUCCUGAAAACAAAAUUUUCCCAGCACUUGAAAAGGAGAAUUUCCUUAUCACUUUCAGAAAUGAAGAAUUUUUCUCUCAACACUUUCACAAAAAAAAGAAAUAGAAUUUUCAGCAAUAACAAAUUCUUCAAAAAAUUUCUUCUUUGUUGGAUUUCACGAAAAGAAGAAAAUGGAAAACUUCAUAAUAUUUCUCGUCAUAUUGUGGAUUUUGUAGAAGAAAAAUUUUUCCACACUUAA